AUGAAUUACCGCAACCUUUUCCUGUCUCUUUUCUUUGUCUUUGCCGCCGUUUUGGCGAUGGUUCAGGCUGAUGAACCUCGCGGCCCCAAGAUCACUCACAAGGUCUACUUCGACAUUCAGCAUGGAGAUGAGUCUCUUGGUCGUAUUGUGAUGGGUCUGUACGGCAAGACUGUUCCCAAGACUGCUGAGAACUUCCGUGCUCUGGCCACCGGCGAGAAGGGCUUCGGCUAUGAGGGCUCAACUUUCCACCGUGUGAUUAAGGACUUCAUGAUCCAGGGUGGUGACUUCACCAACCAUGAUGGCACUGGUGGAAAGUCUAUUUACGGCAAUAAGUUUGAGGACGAGAACUUCAAGCUCCGCCACACCCGCAAAGGCCAGCUUAGCAUGGCUAACGCCGGCAAGAACACCAAUGGUUCCCAGUUCUUCAUCACUACCAUCAUUACCUCGUGGCUCGAUGGCAAGCACGUUGUCUUCGGUGAAGUCCUCGAGGGCUACGACAUCGUUGACAAGAUCCAGAAUGUCCCCAAGGGCCGUGGUGACAAGCCUGCGAAUCCCAUUAAGAUCGUGAAGAGCGGCGAGAUCCCAGUGGAGGCAGACUCCGAGGACAAAGAACUCGACGAUCCAUCCACAAUCGAAGAAACCCAAUUGGACCCGUUGGACUCCCCGAACGUCCCGAUGCCACUCCUUAUCGUCCUUGUUCUGAUUGCCGUGGUCGGCUUCUUCCUUAUCCGCAACCGUAGCCAGCAGCACCAGGAGAAGGAAUUCGAUGCUUAG